GGGGGAAACCUGAGCUCCCAGCUCCACCAGCAUCGUGGGGCGCCAAGGGCUGAACCGCCCAGGUCCGGGAGGACUCCUAGCUCGCGGCAUGGGGGCAGCCGUCCUGCGGGAGGACCGCCCCCCAGCCCCCUCCCCGCUCUCCCCGGCUGAGCGCCGCCUUUCCCAGAAGCCUCCAGGGCCCACAGCCUUUUCUCGCCCGCCGGCGGCCGCUUGCCGCCUGGAGCCGCGGGUUCGCCCAGGUGCUCGGAGGAUGCGCAGGCGCGGCCGCGCGGCCGGGACCGGGCUUCCCUGAACGCGGCGCGGCUCUGGGCGCACGACUGUGGUGCCGGCCGGCCCUGGCUGGGUUUUGCCUCCUCGGGACUACGUUUUCCUGAGGGCUCCGCGGCACAGGCGCUUCCCGCCGAAGUCGGCUGCCCGCUGAAUCCGGAAGAGGAGAAGAGAAGAGCCGCUGUGCAUCAGAAGUCAUGGGAGAGGGCUUGAACUUCAAAGAUGUGGCCAUUUACUUCUCUCAAAAGGAGUGGGAAUGUUUGCACUCUGCUCAGAAGGAUUUGUACCGAGAUGUAAUGUUGGAGAAUUAUAAGAACCUGAUCUCACUGGGACUUUCUGAUUCUAAGCCGGAUGUAAUCUCCUUAUUGGAGCAGAAGAAGGAGCCCUGGAUGGUUAAGAGGAAGGAGACAAAAGAAUGGUGUCCAGAUUGGGAGUCCAGAAGAGAAACCAAGAAUUUAUCUCCAAAAGAGGACAGUUAUGAAGUUAAAUCAUUACAACCAGAAAUAACAAAAAGACUUACAAACUCUAACCUUGAGUGCACUAGGGUCAGAAAUAACAGAGAAGUCAAGUGCCCCCUGGAGAGACAGCAGGAGGGACAUUUCAGACAAGCUGUAAUAACCUCUGAAGAAAGGCCCACUCCCACUCCAUGCCCAGUUGAUAGAGGACCUCAGACAGUGCAUGCUGGAGCACAAUCCUGUGAACACAAGGAAUGUAAGGAAGCUUUCAGGUACCACUCACACCAUAUUCAACGUGAAGGAAGUCAUAAUAAGGAAAAAGACUCUAAAUGUGGAGAAUGUGGGAAAGCCUUUAAUAGUAGGUCAGACUUAAUUAAGCAUCAGAGAAUUCACGAAAGCAGAAAAAGUAAUGAAAAUAAGAAACGUGCCUUUAUUCAUGACUCUGAAAUUACUAAACCUCAGAGCAUUAAUACUGGUAAGAAACCUCAUAAAUGUAAGGAAUGUGGCAAAGCCUUUCAUUCUAGCUCACAACUUAGUAAACAUCAAAAGAUUCAUAUAGGCGAGAAACCCUAUAAAUGUAAGGAGUGUGGGAACGCCUUUCCAUCGACCUCACAACUUAAUUUACAUCAGAGAAUUCAUACUGAUGAGAAAUACUAUGAAUGUAAGGAAUGUGGGAAGGCCUUUACCCGUCCCUCACACCUUUUUCGACAUCAGAGAAUCCACACUGGUGAGAAACCCCAUGAAUGUAAGGAAUGUGGGAAAGCUUUUCGUUAUGAUACACAGCUUAGUCUUCAUCAGAUAAUCCACACUGGUGAAAGGCGCUGUGAAUGUAAGGAAUGUGGGAAGGUGUAUACUUGUGCCUCACGACUGAGUCUGCAUCAAAGAAUUCAUACUGGUGAGAAACCUCAUAAAUGUAAGGAAUGUGGGAAAGGUUUUAUCUCUGAUUCACAACUUAUUCGACAUCAGAUUGUUCAUACUGAUGAGAAACCGUAUAAAUGUAAGCAAUGUGGGAAGUCCUUUCGUCGUGGCUCAGAACUGACUCGACAUCAGAGAGCUCACACUGGUGAGAAACCCUAUAAGUGUAGGGAAUGUGAAAUGGCCUUCACUUGUAGCACAGAACUUAUUCGACAUCAAAAAGUCCACACUGGUGAGAGACCCCAUAAAUGUAAGGAGUGUGGGAAGGCUUUUAUUCGAAAGUCACAACUUACUCAUCACGAGAGAAGUCACAGUGGUGAGAAACCCUAUGAGUGUAAGGAAUGCGGGAAGGCCUUUAGUCGUGGCUCAGAACUUAAUCGACACCAGAAGAUUCAUACUGGUGAGAAACCCUAUGAAUGUAAGGAGUGUGGGAAGGCCUUUUUUCGUGGCUCACACCUUAGUCAACAUCAGAGAAUUCAUACCAGACAGAGGAGUGAGUGAAGACAUGUGAAAACACUGACAUCUGAAAAUUCAUACUAGUAAAACAAACAAAAACCCCUGUGAUCGUAAGGAACAUGGGAAAGCAUUUGAGGAUAAGAGCUUACUUAUAUCAGAGUUCACACUGUGGAGGUAAGGCCUUUAUUUAAGGAACAGAAUUUAUUUGACAUUUGUUACUGAUGAGAAGCCUUGUAAAUGUUAGGAAUUGGGAGGGGUUUAUUUGUGUUUCAGAAUUUAUUAAACAUCAGAGUUCAAUUGGUGAAAAGCUCCAUGAAUAUAAGGAAAGUGGGAAGUCUUAGGAAGCAGUGAAUGUGAUAGAGACAUUAAUCAUUCAAACUUUCCUCAACAUCAGGGUUAUUAGCCCUUAUGGGAAAUCAGGAUUCAUAGUAUAAAUGUCAUAUAUGUGGGACAACAAUUUGUUUUAGCUAACAAGUUAUUCAUAUGAUAACUCAUACUUGAGGAAGGCUUCAUUAAUGUUAAAAAUGCAGCACAUUCUUCCAUCCUGCUCAAAUCUCGUUAAAUGUUUGCAAGCUCAUUCUCUAAAUUAACCUAGAUUGGAUCAGAGUGGGAAAAGAUUUAACCAAUGUCUCUUCUUUACCUGCCUUCACCAUUAUAACUCAUUUCUUAUAGGGCAAAUUACUUAACCAUGUCUAAGUUUCCUCAUUUAUAAAUUAGUAAUAUUAGGACCAUAUUUCUUAGUAGCAUUGUGAAGAUUAAAUAUUUACCUUAUAUCCCUUAGAAUAGUGUCUGGCUCAUAUUGAAAGUGUGUUAAGUAAGAGCUGCUUUUAUUGUACUUUUCUUUAUUUUCAUAAUUGUGUUUAUUAGAGAUCAUAUGAGAAGAAGGCCCUAUGUGUUCAGUGACUGUAGGACACCUUACAUCAUCUCUUUCUUUAUUGAGUGUUCUGUAAUUCCUUCUGGAGAAAAAUUAAUAACUGAAGCUUUCAUUCGUAGGUUGCCCCUUUUCCCCAUCAGGGAAUUCAUAAUGUAAAGAACCCCAGUAGAAUAAAGGUGGGUUGCUGUGAGGUCCGAGGGAAGAUUUAGAUGAUUUAUUAAAACCUUCCCCAAAACAAGGGACAUAUGCCACAAUCUCUGACUCUGUUCUGGAGAAUUAGAAAAUAACAAAGCCUUAGCCAAAAUCUAUUCCUCCACAAGGACAUUUAAAAGAUACCUGUUUAAAUAAUUUUUACAUUAAAAAGGAAAUCAAGGCAAAUUACCAUUAGGAAUGAAUGACAGAGAGACAACUACAUGUUGAAAUAUGGAGGAUGCAACAAAGCUGCACUCUGAGGAAGAUUAACUCCCUUCAAUAUGUGUAGAAAACGGGGACACCAAAGGCGAGGAUUCAUUCUAACUUCACAGUACUUGGUGCACUGCCUGUUUCUAGUAGGUUCCCGGUAAACAUCUGUUGAUCAGAGGAAUGAGAGAAUGAAUAAGCACUCAACUCUAGGAUGUAGAAAAGCUCUAACAAAAUAAGUGCAGAGCCAAAAAAGAAAAAACCUUGAAAGAAAUGAAAAAGAUUACACCAUAAAAGAAGAAUCUCAAGCACGUGAAUGAGAAAGGAUAUGUAACUACAAAAAUGGAGCCGAUUUAAAGAAAGAAGGCAGUGUUGUGGCAGACACUGGGUUGCCAUCCAUCAGUGUUAACCGUUCUCCCUUUGCAGGGAUCGCCUGCUGCCCACGUGCCAGAUGCCGGCUCUCCUAGCUCGCUUUGCAUCUGGGCGUGUGUAUCAUGGGCCUGGCCACAGAAGAUCCAUGCAGACGGCUGCACAUGGGCCUCAGUUCAAUGUUCUUUCCUAACAAAAUAGGAGGAAAGAGUCUACGCAUAUACAGGAUGUGUGUCUGUCUGUCUGUCUGGUACCUGGCAUCAUGGCCAUUCUGCAGCCAGGGCGGAGGGGCUGAGCUUGGCAUGGGAGAGACAGUCACCUGUGUCCUUGGUGUUGCUGAGCUGAUGAAACAGUUCAGACCUGCCCUGUCCCUGGGUUUGUAUGAAAUGAGAAACUCCGUGCACAUCUGGUACAGGUUGAUACUCAACUUUUUAUAAUAUAUCUGAGUCCUGGGGAAAAAAUUUUUGUAUAUAUCUACACACAUUUAUUCAGCUUUAGUAAGAUGAGAAAAUGUUUAUAAUCAGCUUUUUUAUAGUAUAUCUGAAAUUGUGGAACAGCGUUUUCUUAAAUAUUUUCCUAAACAUAUUUUUGUUUAUAUAUAUACAACUUUGUUUAGUAAGAUGUAGGAAGUGUUCCUUUACAUUCAGCAUUUUAUAGUGUAUGUUUAUAUUCAGCUUUUUACAGUAUUUAUGAAAUCCUGAAAAAGUAUUAUUUUCCUGAAUAAAGUAAGAACCCAGAAAAAAACUUUUUAAAGAGCUACACCAUGUAACUCCUCUAGAAUUGGAGUAUCUUACAGAUAAAAUCUUCCAAGUCUUCAAGAUAGAGUCACAGCUGUGAGGCCAGUAUAACCCUGAUACCCUUUUGCCAAAUUUGGAAAAAGACAACAUCCAAAUCAAAUCAGCUUUGUACUCAUGGUGUAUGAAUAUUCCAAUUGAAAUAUCAAGUCAAAUCUAGCAACUUAUUAAAAGAAGAAAAUAGGGUUUUUUAUCUAGAAUAAAAUCAUGACCUAACCUGUCCAAUUCUUUAAGAAUGUAAUAUAUAAAUGUAGUGUUUAUACAUUGAGAACUAGACACUAAAAUAACUAUGGCCCACUGAAAGUAGUAAACAGGAAACUAUUACAGCGUAUGCACCUUCACCUGCUGCGAAGUCCCUGCAGCUCUCCACAUAAUCCUACCUCAUGGUCUGUGGACGUUACAUUUGCAAUCAUCACCAUCCAGUGGAUUCCACUUCACCCCAUGCUUUAUAAAAAUAAUACAUAUUUUAAAUGUUUUAUGUAAACAUGUAUUAAUGUGAUAAAUCAGUCAGCCCACUGGAGGACAAUUUAUAACAAAUUCAAGCCUUUUUUUAAAGGGGGAAGUGAUGAUUAAAUAUUAUCUGCACUGGUAUAUUUCAUAAGUCUGUUUUUGUAAGUUGUACAUAUUCUAAGAAGGGAUGCUGUGCCCUUUAGGAGAAUUGAAGAAUGAGUAAAGCCAGGCAAAACUAGGCAUGACCACAGUACUGGUUUCAUUACAAUUUCUAACCUUUUUUGAGUUAUAAUCAACGUUGAGAUGGUUCUCUUUCAUGUUUUGCCCAUGUAUACAUAUUUUUCUUUUCAAGAUUUGAAAGUUCUAUUCCGAAUUUAUAUAACAUGUUUUACCAAAAACCAGGGGUAUACUGCAAAAGUUUAAAAAGAAAAAAUAUAUAUAUACACACUUAUUCUCUGAAGUGCCAACAUUGGAAGCCUUCCAUGCGUUUCUCCAUACUCAGGAAACAUACAUCUAGAAGGUUUGUUCUGGUGAUGUGCGUGUGUCAGGCGGCAGGGGGUAGUUUAGAUGGGAUUGUCUUACACGUUGACGUGUACCCUCCUCACUUUGUGACAUACCACCGACAUCCUUCCAGUCAGUACCUAUAGAUGUAACUAUUUAGCUUUAGACUUUUACAAAUAAUUGUACAAAAAUAAUUUUACUACAAAUGUA